GGGAGCACAGUUAGUGAGCUGCAGGCAAAGGUUCCGAUGCGUCUGUUUGUGGUCUUGAGUGUUUGUGUGGCGUUCGCCUCCGCCGGCGGUUACGGAGGCGGAGGAGGUGGUUACGGCGGCGGUGGAGGCGGAGGAUACGCCGGUUCCUCUGCAUCCGCUUCAGCAGGAGCGGCUGCCGGCGGCGAUGGAGGCGGUAAACUGGGCGGCGGAUUCGGAUCCGGCGGUCUCGGUGGAUCUGGUGGACACGGUGGCGCUUCUGCCGGCGGACUUUCCGGCGGAUCAAUUGGAGGAGGUCCCUUCGGUGGAGGCGGUCACUCUGGCGGAGGAGUUAUUUCCGGUGGAGGUGCCCACGCCGGCGGUGGUGGUGGAGGUCCUGGAUUCGGUGACGUCGGAGGAGGUCCUGGCUUUGGAUCUGGCGGACUAAUUGGCGGUGGAGGCGGUCAUUCCGGCGGAGGCGGUGGUGGUGCCCACGCUGGUGGUGAUGCUCAUGCCGGCGGUGGUGGUGGAGGACCCGGAUUCGGCGGUGGAGGCGGUCAUGGUGGUGAAGGCAACGGAAUCGGUGGAGGUCCUGGAUUCGGAGGAGGAAUCGGCGGAGGAGGCGGUCAUUCAGGAGGUGGAGGAGGCGGUCAUUCAGGAGGUGGAGGCGGUCAUUCCGGCGGAGGUGGCCUAAUUGGUGGCGGCCCUGGAUUCGGUUCGGGAGGAGGUAUCGGUGGAGCAGGAAGCUCUGCGUCCUCAUCGGCCGGUGCUUCUGGUGGCGGAUUUGGAAAGCCAGGUGGCGGCUACGGAGGCGGAAGCUUUGGACCAGGAGGCGGAAUCGGAGGUGGAGGAAUUGGAGGAGGAGGCCACGGAGGAAGUGGAAUUGGAGGAGGCGGAAUUGGCGGAGGUGGAAUCGGCGGAGGUGGAAUCGGUGGAGGUGGAAUCGGUGGAGGAGGACACGGAGGUGGAGGACACGGAGGCGGUGGACCCGGUUUCGGAGGAGGCGGCUUUGGCCCCGGCGGAGGACCCGGUGGUGGCCACUUUGGAGGCGGUCUGAGCGGACAUGGUCACAAGCACGGAGGAGGUGGCGGAUACAAAGGCGGUUCCGGCGGAUACGGAGGCGGCGGCGGUGGCGGCGGAGGAGGAGGUGGCGGCUACGGAGGCGGACCCGGAGGCGGUGGCUUCGGAGGAAAGCCCGGAGGUGGCUACGGAGGCGGACCUGGCGGUGGUGGAGGUGGCGGAUACGGAGGAGGUAGUGCGAGCGCCUCUGCUUCGGCCAGUGCAUCCGCGGGAGCUGGUGGAGGAUACCACGGCUAGUCGCAGUCACCCAAGCCAAGUGACCCUGUAAUUCCCUAAAUCGCUUGAAAGUAUUACCCUCGAUUUCAAUAAAACGAUUAGUUUUGGUUUGACCUUAAACUAAUUUUAAAAACUUUAAA